GUUGCUGUUACUUUACAUCUCUUGCCAGACCUUCCUUCUUUGACAACAGGUUACAGCCAUAACUACUUCCCACCAUCCGACGUCAAACAACGAUAACAACAACAAACGAUGUCAGCUUUCGGUGAUAGAAAAAAUAACGCAAUACUACAAAAGAUUGGGGUGGUCGGUGGUGCGACGGCUGCUGUGCUCGGUUUAUUAGCCUUAAAGUACCCUGAUCGAGCUAUCUUUGACGAACACCGUGAAGGCAUUGUAAGACAACCUGGCUGGCCGCUGGUUGGCGGCUUGCCUAGCAUUGUUGGCAACAAGGAACAGAUGCACGAGCUGUUUAUGGCAGGAUUCGAAAAUACGGGUGCUUUGACAACUACGACCUCAGCAUUGGGCAUCCCUCGUACUAUUAUAACCAUCAACCCCAAAAACGUCGAACAUAUACUUAAAGAUAAUUUUGAAAAUUACGUCAAGGGUCCGCAAUUCCAUGGUGCUACAACAGACCUAUUUGGCCAUGGUAUUUUUAAUGCUAAUGGCGAGCAAUGGAAGUAUCAAAGAAAGACAGCUAGUCUUGUUUUCAACGUCAAGAAUUUCCGUGAUGAAUUCACGAAAGUCUUCGUCGAAGAAAUCGACUACAUGAACGAGCAUAUAUUCAACAAAGCAUGCGAAAGCGGUCAGCCUGUUGAUUUUCACGACAUUAUGUUCAAAUUUACUUUGGACUCAUUCAUUCUAUUGGGCUUUGGUGCACAAUUAAAUGCCUUGGACAGCGAAGAUAAAGUACCGUUUGCUGCCAGUUUUGAUGUCUGCCAAGCAAAUUCAUUCCAACGUUUUGUCAAUCCUGUUUGGCGUAUUACUGAAACCGUGCAAAGCAUCUUGCAGCCAUGGAAGAUGUCCAUCUCGGAUCAUCUUAAGGUAGUCGACUCCUUUGCAGAUGACGUUAUUGAUCGUCGACGUGCUCAAAUUGCCAACGGUGAGACUCACAGGGACUUGCUGUCCCGCUUUAUGAGUGCAAGUAACCAGUUUGGUGAACCCUUGAGCAACAGAGAGCUUCGCGACAUCAUUUUGAACUUUGUCAUUGCCGGUCGUGACACUACCGCUCAAGCCCUUUCAUGGACGUUCUAUAACUUGUGCAACCAUCCCCGUAUCGAGAACAAGCUGCUGGACGAAAUAAAUGAAUAUAUUACGCCUGAAAUGGAACGCGAUCCUGUUGCUCUUUACGAAGCUAUCAAAAAUAUGAAAUAUGCUCAUGCAGUGUUCUAUGAAGUACUUCGUCUUCAUCCUUCUGUCCCUAGCAAUCAAAAGUACGCGUUGAAAGACGAUAUCUGGCCUGAUGGCACUCAGAUUAAGAAGGGAGAUUAUGUAAUGUGGUCGCCAUGGGCACAAGGCCGCAACGAGCAGAUCUGGAAGGACGCUAAGCAGUUUAACCCUGAACGUUGGAUUUCACCUCAGGGUGAACUUCGUCGUGAAAGUCAAGGUCAAUGGCCAGCUUUUCAUGCAGGACCAAGAAUUUGUCUGGGACAAAACUUAGCAACACUUGAAGCAAUUGUAGCCAUCGUUUUCCUCGUGAAACGCUAUGAGUUCACCAUUGUUCCUGGACAGAACAUAACUUACCAGGUUUCUUUAACGUUGCCCAUGAAGUAUGGAAUGAAGGUCUAUGUCAACAAGCGCCAGUAAACAGACAACAAUAGUUCAUGACAAACCUGUUUUUCUUUUCAUUAUCAUGUUAAUUCAAUCAACAAUCACAUAUGUAGAGCUUUUCUGGUUCAUUUUACUUUUUGUUUGCCUUUUAUGUAUUCGCAUAUGCCCCUGUACAUUUUCCAUAUACUUCACAUAAAGUUUCACUAGCUUUUUUUGUUUAAAAUCUACUAUUCGCUGACAUUAAGAUGUCAUGCCCGAUGGCUACAAAGUAACUUUUUACCCUAACAGUACUUUAUAUUUAAUAAAC